AUGAUUAUCUUGGGCCUAACGGAUGUUAGCAUAACAUUAUAUAAACCCGGAAACGGCUCCCAUGUUAUAGCAUUUGAUCGUUUCACUGGAGUACUUCUAUGGCAAAACAGAGUUUCUUCACAUCCAACAUCUAGAUUAACAAGCGCUCCUCAACUAGCGAAUAAUAUGCUUUUUAUUGGCAUAUCAUCGAUUGAAGAAGGCUUGGCAAGUGAUCCAAAAUAUCCCUGUUGCACAUUUCAAGGGUCGGUGAUUGCACUGAACGCGAGUACGGGCACGUUUCUUUGGGAAACAAAAAUGAUGCCAGAUAAUAAUGGAACUACAACUGGAUAUGCAGGCGCCUCAAUUUGGGGUAGUCAGUUUCCAGUUGAUUACAAACGCAAUCAAAUCUAUGUUACAACUGGCAAUUUCUAUACACUACCAGCUUUAAUUGAAAAAUGUGUGACUGAGACUAGCAAUUUGACUCUCUAUUCUGAUCCAUGUGAUCAACCGGGUGCUUACGGUCAAGCUGUUGUAGCAUUAGAUAUGACCACGGGAAUUGUUCGUUGGGGUCGAAAUCUUGGAUUUAUGAAUGCAUUCAAUAAAGCUUGUAGUUCCGUCUCGAAUGUCAAUUAUCCAUGUCCACCUAAUCCUGGAAAUGAUAGUGACUUUGGACAAGCUCCGAUAUUGAAAUUAAACUUGAGGUAUAAAUUGGGCGGCAAAAACCGGGAUCAGUUAUUCGUUGGACAAAAAUGCGGUAUGGCGUUUGGCUUCGACGCUGAAACAGGAACAAUUAUCUGGUCUAAUCAAGUUGCACCUGGUGCCCAUGGCGGUGGAAUUAAAUUUGGCUCUGCGGCUGAUGACCGGUAUCUCUAUGUUGGCAAUAACAAUGCUGAUAGAUUAAACUACACAUUACCAAAUGGAACUAUAACAACGAAGGCAAGUUGGUCUGCCUUAGAUCUAGUUACUGGUGAUAUUAAGUGGACUACAGUUGAUCCUACAACAAAUAUAUCGCAAACAAGCGCUGACCUUGCAUUAACCGUUUGGGAUCAACUUGUUCUAGUUCAAGGUGGAAUUUAUCCAGGAACUAGAGACAUUUCAAUCAAAGGAUGUCUCUAUGGACUGAACAAUACGAAUGGUGAAGUUUUGAUACUAUAUGUGACAAUUGGAUAUGCAAUUCCAAGAGCAGCAACAGAUGGUGUAGUGGCAUUACAAUUACCUUUGAUACCUUGA